UAACAACACCACAAGGUAAAGAAAUUGUGCGCGUUUGUCCGGCUUACGUAACACGGCGUCUCGCGUUUUUCUGCUCCACGGAAAAAGCGUUCUGUUUUUAAUCGAAGUGUACUGUUAUUUUUGUGAAUGAGCUGCCUGCUGUUUACUGGAUAUUGAGGAAAGUCUCCUCCAUAAAUUGUAAACGAUGCACGGUCGAGUCAAGAUAAAGUCCACCGCCCAGCAAGAGGAGGAGAAAAGAAAGGAAAGAGAGAAGAAACUCAAAAUAUACACGGCAGCGCGAGACGCCUGUUUUUCCAAGAGGAAGGACGGAAUUUGUGAUGAUGAAGCUCUCAACUUGACCCAGCAGCUGCUAUCGUCAAACCCUGACUUUGCAACACUUUGGAAUUACAGAAGAGAGAUCCUUAUGCACCAGGAGACUGUCAAAGAUGAGAGUGAAGUACAAAAGAUGUACCAGGCCGAGCUGUCUUUUCUGGAGUCUUGCCUGAAAGUCAACCCAAAGUCAUACGGCAGCUGGCACCACAGAAGCUGGGUUUCGGAACGGGCGCCUCAAAUGGACUGGGGCCGUGAGUUGAACCUGUGUGACCGCUGCCUCAGCCUGGAUGACCGCAACUUUCACUGCUGGGAUUACCGCCGUAUCGUGGUGAAGAAAUCCACAGUCCCUGUGAAAAAGGAGUUGGAGUUCACGGAUCGUCUCAUCGGCUCCAACUUUUCCAACUACUCCAGCUGGCAUUACCGCAGUACCCUGUUACCGCUGCUUCACCCCCAGUCUCCCGAAUCCGCCCCCCCGUCAGGCUCAUUGCCACCCUCGCCGCAGAACCACUCCCAUCGCGUCUGUGGAGAGCAGCUGCUCAAAGAAUACGAGCUGGUGCAGAAUGCUUUCUUUACCGACCCCAACGAUCAGAGUGCUUGGUUCUAUUAUCGUUGGCUGCUUGGCAGAGCCGAACGUGAAGAGAUGAUAAGUUGUGUUUUCAUCAGUCGGGACGAAGAGAGCGUGGCUGUCGCCUUUUCGAGACCAGUCAAUGCGCAGUCCGGUGGCUUGCUGCUGGUGCUUGACGGUCAGCCACAACAGGUGGACUGGAGGAGUGUCCACCCACGAUUUAAGCACAGUCCUGUAUGGAUAUGCAAUCUUCCUCCUGGUUCAAUCGGCGACAUCGCUAAUGAACACAAUCUGACGGUGCAUUGGUCCGAAAAACACAUUCGUCGAGACUGCGCGCUGUACACAGGUCGAAGUGAAAGUUGGUGUCGUGACUCUGCCACUGAUCAAGAGCUCUUUAGGAGUGAGCUCUCAGUGGAGAAAAGCUCAGUGCUGCAGUCCGAGCUACAAUCAUGUAACCAGCUGCUAGAACUGGAGCCGCUCAAUAAGUGGUGCUUGCUGACCAUCAUCCUACUGAUGAGGGCGCUAGACCCCCUCGGCUAUGAGAAGGAGACGCUCACUCAUUUCCAAACUCUCAAAGAAGUGGAUUCCAUGCGCUUUGCCUAUUACAGCGACCUGUGCAGCAAGUUUAUGAUCGAAAACACCAUUUUAAAAAUGGAGUACGCUGAAGUGCGCGUCUUCAGCGUCGUCAACAAGAACCUGACCACCUUGUGCCAUUUGGACCAGCUGCUCCUAAUCACUCACAUCAAUCUGUCCUCUAACCAGCUGCGACAAAUUUCCGCUCACUUCUCCAUGCUACAGUGCCUGGAGGUUUUGGAGGCUGAUGACAACAUCAUCGAAAACUUGGAAGGAGUCUACCGCCUGCCCAAACUAGAGGAGGUUCUCUUGAAGAAUAACAACAUUUCCACGCUGGAGGCUCUCCGGCCACUCGCCUCCUGCCCUAAGCUGCGGCACCUAGAUCUCCGCGGUAACCCCGUCGCUCAGAGCUCUGACGCAGAGUCGCGGCUCGCCGAGCUCUUGCCUUCCGUGGAAUGUCUAUUGCUCUGACGUGCCGGCAGCGGGAGUCAGGCCUGUCACUCAAGGAUGACGCCGACGCUGUCGGCCAGGUUGUGAAGGAGUGAGUGGAAGAUUUUUUUUCUCCAAAUGUGCUGUCAGUUCCACUUGUUUGGUAGAAAUUGGAUCAAAACAGCCCCCCACUCGUCAGAAUGCCUCUGAAGGCGGAUAUCACAACACCUUUAAUGAAAAGUAUCUGUUGUUUGUGUGCCUAUAUGUGUGUGUCGGUGCGCAUGAGUCAUAAUCGCUUUUUGUCAAAAUGUGCAAGAAUGAAGGUCUAUUAAUACCUCCCAUAUGCAUGCUGCAACUAAACAAAUUGACUGUGUGUGGAUGGAUCCGCAUGAUCACUUUUUAUAAGCUUAAAAAGCACUCAAGGCAACAGUAAAGAACUGGAAUGGCACUCCAUACUAUGUGAUAAUGUAAACAAUGUCUGUAGUGAUUUAUAUCCAUUAUUGUUUUAUGCAUUUUACACAAAGUGCCACCUAAAUAUACUUAGCUUUCAAAGUACAUCAUGUUCAACAAAAAAAACUUGGUAUGUAAUAUUAUUGGAAGACCGUGUAAUAAUAUACACAUUUUGAAUAUUAACUCUACAUUUAGUAAAAUACAAAAACUGCCAAAGUGUGUCAGUAAUGCAAUUUUAAAAAAUGUAUUGAAAUUGACUUAAAAGUUAAACUCAUCUGUACCGGUACUUGCUGUGUAUCCAGAUCAAAGCUCGGGGGGAAAAUUAGAUCAAUCUCUCUAACCAGCAAUGCAUAUAUAUGGACAAGUGUCAUAUUUUGAACAGUCCAUCAAAAAGAGUUCAAUGUUGAUAGUCUUAAAGCGGUCUGUUAAUACUCCAGGUGAAGUCAACUGUAAAGCUAAACACAUAAUGGAAAUUAAAAAAAAAAUAAAUAAAUAAAAAUAAAAAAAACACUAAAAUACAAAAAUUUUUUGAAGUGCUCGCUUGAUUACUGCUGAUACAGAAGGGCAGACAGACGCCAUUAUAGGAAAAACUAACAGUUGUACAUGCCUCACUGGACAAACUGACUGCAAAUUUCCUGAGUUUGCUACUGUAUAACCACUGUACUACUGUCCUGAACUGUAAUAUUUGCUCAUCUAACAAUUCAAAAGAAGGCAAAUCAACCACCUUUGCAACAUACAUGAGAGAAGGGUUGCUAUUCAAACUUUUGUUUUUGUUGCUUUAAUAGCCGAAGCUUAUAAAUGAUGAUCGGGGUGUUGCGUACAUGUCACGUCUUGCAUUUCCAACCACCUGAUAAAACAUUUAUUGUACAUGUCAAGAGAAGUGCCACAAGUCUAUAAAUGAAACAUUAAAUUGUGUCACUUGCCUUA